AUGUCUCAUCCAAUUAAAGAAUUUGUCAGACGUUUAUCUAAUCUAGAUAUUGAACGUUAUCCAGAAUGGGAUUUGUCUAAACCACUUCCUAGGUUACCGGUUCCAGAUUUACAUAAUACAUUAGAUAGAUAUUUACGAUUAAUAGCACCAGUUGUUUCAAAAGAAGAUUAUGAACGAACUAAACUAUUAGUUGAAGAAUUCGGCAAAUCUGGUGGAGAAGGAGAAGAACUACAAAAUUUACUUAAACAAUAUGCAAAGACAAAGAUCAAUUGGGUUACAGAAUGGUGGUUAGAUGAUAUGUAUUUAUUAAAUACAGCAUCAUUACCAAUUAAUUCUAGUCCAGGUAUGGUAUUUCCACGUCAUUCUUUCAUUAGUACAAGACAACAGUUAAGAUUUGCUGCUCAACUGAUUUCUGGAAUUCUUGAUUAUAAAACAAUAUUAGAUACACGUUCACUUCCAAUCGAUCGAGCACGGCAUAGUAAAAAAGGUCAACCAUUUUGUAUGGAACAAUAUUAUCGAUUAUUUAGUUCAUAUCGUUAUCCAGGUAAAACUAAAGAUAUACUUGUAACAACAUCUGAACGAGAUCCAUUCGAUCCUGAACAUAUUAUUGUUAUUUAUUUAGAUCAGUUCUUCGUUAUUGAUGUCAUAACUAAUGGGAGUAGAUUAAGUGAAGAAGAUAUAUAUAAUCAGUUACGUCGUGUUACACAGUUCGCUGAAGAGUCAAUAGCUGGUGAAAGUGAAAUGGAAGUACAACCAAGAGUUGGUGCGUUAACAGCUCUACCAAGAAAUAAAUGGGCAGAAGUUUAUGAACAAUUGUGUCAAGAUCCAGAAAAUGAAGGAAAUUUAAAAACCAUUGCAAAAAGCAUGUUCGUAUUAUGUUUAGACAAACCAAUUCAAGCAGUUGAAGAACUAGAUGAAACAACAGAUAUUAAUGGAUUUUUAAAUGAAACAAAUGAUUCAAAUAAUUUAAAUAAACGUGAUGAUGUUUCAUUAGCUUUACAAUUACUACAUGGAAUGGGUAGUUCAUUUAAUGCGGCUAAUCGUUGGUAUGAUAAAACAAUGCAAUUUAUCAUUUCCCGUGACGGUAAUUGUGGUCUUAAUUAUGAACAUUCUGUUGCUGACGGAAUUGCUGUAGUACGUCUGAUAGAACAUAUUCUUCAAUAUAUGAAACAAGUAAAACGAUGGAAAUUAGUUCGAUUCCCAUCUGUAUGUGAAUUGGCGUAUCCGAGAAGAAUGAAAUGGAAUUUAGACAAUAAUUCAAAAUCAAUGAUUGACUACGCCUUGAAUGAAAUUGAUAAGAUAGCAGAUGAUCUGGACUUAUACAUACUUCGUUAUAAACAAUAUGGACGAGAAUUCCCAAAAACUGUUAACAUGAGCCCAGAUUCAUUCAUUCAAUUAGCUUUACAAUUAGCUCAUUUCAAAUUGCAUAAAUAUUUAGUGCCAACUUAUGAAAGUGCUUCAACAAGACGAUUUGCUUUAGCUCGAGUUGAUAAUAUUAGAGCUUGUUCAAUGCCAGCUUUGGAGUGGUGCAAAGCAAUGACAGGUCAGAUCAAAUGUUCAACAGAUGAAAAAAUUCGUUUAUUACGUAAAGCAAUGGAAUGGCAAACAGAAAUUAUGCUUGAAACUAUUCUUGGUCAUGGUGUAGAUAAUCACUUACUUGGUCUAAGACAAAUAGCAUUAGCUCAUGGUAAAGAAUUACCAAAUAUUUUCAAAGAUCCAAGUUAUAUGGAAUCAAACAGAUUUCGUUUGUCUACAAGUCAAGUGCCAACAACCAUGGAUGCGUUUAUGUGUUAUGGAGCAGUUGUACCUAAUGGAUACGGCGCUGCAUACAAUCCACAUCCUGAUAAUAUUGUUGUAGUCAUUUCUUGCUGGCGUACUAAUCCUAAUAAUAAUGCAUCGAAAUUUGCAGAAAUGCUUGAUUCAGCAUUUACAGAAAUGCGUGAACUAGUCCUUUCAAAUCCUCAAUUGGCUAAACAACCAUCAAAUGAACCUGUUGAAUGGAGUAUAGCUAAAUCACUUGGUGCUGAUGUAGGUCUAAAUGUGACUGGUUAA